AUGAAGAAUGAUAUUUCGGAAGAGACAAGUAAUUUACUAACCUAUGACAGAAGUAAAUUAUUAAAUAGUAAAACAAGGAUUGGAGAAAAUUUAACUGAUAAAUUAGUAUUAAAAACAGAUAGAGAAGAAAAUAUUAGAAAAUUGGAAAGUCAAGAAUUAUUUGACAUUAUUGUUAUUGGUGGAGGUUCUGUUGGAAGUUCUGCUGCUCUAGAUGCCACAUCGAGAGGCUUAAAAGUUGCACUCAUUGAAAGAAAUGAUUGGGCAAGUGGUACAUCAUCACGUGCUACUAAAAUGGCUCAUGGUGGUGUUAGAUAUUUAGAAAAGGCUGUCAUGAAUUUAGAUUGGAAUGAAUUGAUGCUUGUUUAUGAAUGUUUGAGAGAGAGAAAGCAUUUUUAUCAAGUUGCACCACACCUUUCAUCACCUUUACAAUUAUUAACACCUUGUUAUACUCUGUAUGAUUCUGUGAAAAUGUUUGCUGGUUUGACAUUAUACGAUUUUCUCAGUGGUUCUGAAGCUAGAUUGGGUAAUUCUGGGUGGGUAUCAAAGAAAAGUGCUCUCACUGUUUGGCCAUCUCUAAAAGAAAAAGGACUCUAUGGUUGUAUGACAUAUUAUGAUGGUGUAUUCAAUGAUUCUAGAGUGAAUGUGAGUACAGUUUUGACAUCCAAUGCUCUAGGUGCUGUAACUGUUAAUUAUUUGGAAGUAAUUGAUUUGUUAAAAUCAACAGAGAAUGGUGAAGUUAAUGGUGUUAAAGUGAAAGAUAGAUUGACAGGUAAAGAAUUUGAAAUUAAGGGUAAAUGUGUUGUAAAUGCUACUGGUGCUUUUGUUGACAAGAUUAGACAAAUGGAUGAUCCAACAUGUGCUCCAAUCAUUUCCCCAAGCGCUGGUACUCAUAUCAUGUUAAAUAUGGAUAAAUUUGUUAAGGGUAUAGGAAAGCAACUUGGCAUAUUAGUACCAAAGACAAGUGAUGGAAGAGUUUUAUUCCUCGUCCCAUGGGAAGGCAAAUUAAUUGCAGGUACUACAGAUCAACCAACUAAUUUAGAUGAACGUCCUUCACCAACUAGCUCUGAAAUUGAUUUUAUUUUAGAUACAAUGAAAUCUUGCCUCAAUGUUCCACUUUCAAGGGAGGAUAUUUCAUCUUCAUGGACAGGAAUUAGGCCUCUCGUAAAACCUCCAACCAAUUCAUCGGAAGGAACAAAGAGUAUCUCCAGAGAGCAUUAUAUUGACACGAGCAAGAAUUCUUUAAUAACUGUAGCUGGCGGAAAGUGGACAACAUUCAGAAAGAUUGGAGAAGAUACCAUAGAUAUGGCAUUGACCGUUUUAUUUAAAAAAUCCCCAAAUUUAGCCAUUGUUAUGGAUCCAUUAUCCAAGACAAGGGACAUUCCAUUAAUUGGUGCCUCAAAGGAAUGGGAAAAUAUCAAACAAGUUAACAAUAGUCCAUCUUCAUCCAUUAGUGAUGAGACAUGGGAUCAUCUGAAACAUUUUUAUGGAGAUAGAGCUACUGAAGUAUUGGAGCUCUCAGAAAAGUCAAAACUCACCAGCAAACUCUCAGAAAAGUAUCCAAUCAUUGAAGGAGAAGUUCUCUAUCAAGUUAAAAACGAAAUGGCACUCAAAGCACACGAUAUUAUUGCCUAUAGAAUGAGUUUAAUGUUCAUUGAUAGAAAUGAAUCAAAAAAUAUUGCAAGAAGAGUAGUUGAUGUAAUGGGUGAUUAUUAUAAGUGGAAUGAUCAAAGGAGAUUGAAGGAAUACCAAGAAACCAUUUCAUAUAUUGAUGAAUGCACAAAAAAUUAA